UAGCCGUGAGGGGAGGCGGGGCGGGCUGAGGCGGCCGCCAUGGCCUGGCGGGGGACUGCAGCCGCCGCCGCGGGCAGGUGCGUGGAGGGGCCGCUGAGGAGAGCUCGGCUCGGCUCCGGCGGGUCCCGCCCUGACCCGGGAGUUGGUGGGGUGUCCCCGGGUUGCUGUCGGCAUUUGGUGAGCAAAUGUCUCCACACCACGGUGGGGUUUCUGAAGAAAACUGGAACUGAGCACCAGUGGUUGGAGCGGCACUUGAAGGAUCCCUUUGUCAAGGCAGCGAAGCGGCAGAAUUACCGUUGCCGAAGUGCCUUCAAAUUACUGGAAAUUGAUGACAAGCUUCAAAUUCUUCGUCCAGGGCUUUCUGUUCUUGACUGUGGAGCGGCGCCUGGUGCUUGGAGCCAGGUUGCUGUAGAGAGGGUCAACGCCUUAGGUACUGCUUAUAGCACACCAUCCAUCCAGAUGCACGCAGCAAACUGUCCGAGGACAAGAAGACCAGACAUAGCAGAUCCUGCUGUCCCCACUGGCUUCGUCCUUGGCGUUGACCUCCUGCGGAUUUCUCCUCUGGAAGGGGCAGUCUUCCUGUCGGAGGCUGACAUUGCAGACCCAAGGACGCUGAGGACAAUUCAGAGUCUGCUUCCUGCAGAGAAGGUGGAUGUUAUCUUGAGCGAUAUGGCACCUAAUGCAACAGGCAUUAAAGAACUGGAUCAUCAGAAAUUGAUCAAUCUAUGUUUAGGCCUUCUGAGUCUGUCCCGAAGUAUUUUAAAGCCGAAAGGAACGAUGCUCUGUAAAUUCUGGGAUGGACAUGAGUCCCGUCUUCUGCAAAACAGACUGAAGGAGCAGUUCCAAGACGUGAGGACUAUAAAGCCUCAGGCCAGCCGGAAGGACUCUGCUGAAUCUUAUUAUUUGGCAAGACUGUACAAAGGGAAAUGAAAGCUGAGAACUGCAGAUUAUCGAACAGGUGAUCAUUGAUUGGAAAUCUGAAUUUGGUGUGUGUUUAAAGAAAAAUCCCACCAUUAAGACCCUGGAAAAAUCUGCCACAAUUCUUAUGAAGUACAUCACGCUUUUCAAUACAAAAAUAAACCAGGGUGGUGUCCGACUGAGUUUAUCUGCUAAUUAUACAAGCAGAGACAUCCAAUCUAGCUUCUCACCUGUGGAGAUAACAGUUGGGAAUGGAGAGGAGUAAUAUGAAAGGCAACCUCUGGGGCUGGAGUGAUGGAAAUGAAAAUAAAACAGUGAUUGUAUGAGUUUUUAAUGUGUGCUUGAAAAUCAUCGCACUAUUAAUGUUGUCAUACGUGAGACUAACCAUAAAGGCGGUUGUCAGAAUGAGAGGGACAGCAAGGGGAGUUUGAGCCAAUUUAUUGCCUCUUCAUCUUUCUUAAAAGCUGGUGCAAUUUAUUAGCACGUGUAAGAAUAGGUAACGUUUUUGUGCGUGUCCGGAUCUGCAUCGUCACGUAUGUUCUGUAACGCAGCCCCUCAGGACGUACGACUGACUCUGGAAUAUUCAGCCUGAUGGCUCUGCUGCAUUUUCUAAAGACACAGGUUAUGUUUAGAAAUUGCUACUUCAUGGUACUCAUAAAUCUGGCAAAUGACAGUAGGGCAGGGUCAUCGCUACUGAGAAGAUAAUUUCCCCUGUGUUUUCAGUGAUGUUUUAUAUUUGACCAGUGAUGUUUGUUAGGUAAAAUGACAAGAUGUUCCUUGGAUCCCAGACAGGGAGAAUUACUGCUGGUAUUGCUAGAAUUCUGUUGCAAAAAUAAAUUUAGCCACUGCCUUAUCUGGAAGUGACAACUUUUACAUUAAAUAGCACUUUUAUCAGGCCGACUGUGGCAUGAGUUAUAAGAGGGGCUGGUGGCACUGUCUGUUUUUAAGGCUUCCGUAUCUUUCUCAUUAUAAACAUCUCAUUUGGGAUUCCUUACUGAUUUAUCAAACUUCAACUGCUUUGAAACUUCCCGAUCUGGAUCUCUGUACUGAACGGUGUGCCUGAAGGCGUGAGCACAACAGCCUGAACUGGGGAGCUGGGCGUUGCUUUGUGUAUGUUUGGAAAGGCAAAAAUAAAUAAAAAUACCCAGG